CUUCUUCCUCGUCUUCCCGCCAACUCUUCCUCCAAGAACCUGAUACAGUGUCUCUCUGUCUGUCUUUCUUGUGCUGUGCUGGUGGUAGCCAUGCCGACGGCGUUCGCGGCCAAGUCCCCUGCUUCUUGUUGCUCCAUACAUGGCGCCUCGCCGGCGGCGGCGCGGCCGCGGCGGCAGUCGGUGCGGUUCACGACGCGCGCCGCGGCGGCGAAUUCGGUGCUGAGCGCGCCGUCGUCCGGGGCAGUGAGGUCGUCGGCGGCGGCGGCGUACGUUCCGGCGGCGCCUAAGAUGAUGCCUGAGGCGGACGGCGCGUCGGUGCGCGUCGGGGGCGGUGGUGAGGCGCCGGCGAGGAGGGCGGAGAAGGAGGGGCUCAAUUUGUUCCAGCGCGCCGCGGCGGUGGCGCUCGACGCGUUCGAGGAGGGGUUCAUCACGAAUGUGCUGGAGCGGCCGCACGCGCUGCCGCGGACGGCCGACCCGGCGGUGCAGAUCGCCGGGAACUUCGCGCCGGUGGGCGAGCAGCCGCCGGUGCGGGCGCUCCCGGUGUCGGGCCGGAUCCCGCCCUUCAUCAAUGGCGUCUACGCGCGCAACGGCGCCAACCCGCACUUCGAGCCCACCGCCGGUCACCACCUGUUCGACGGCGACGGCAUGGUCCACGCCGUCCGCAUCCGCAACGGCGCCGCCGAGUCCUACGCCUGCCGCUUCACCGAGACGGCGCGGCUCAAGCAGGAGCGCUCCCUCGGCCGCGCCGUCUUCCCCAAGGCCAUCGGCGAGCUCCACGGCCACUCCGGCAUCGCCCGCCUCGCGCUCUUCUACGCGCGCGGCCUCUGCGGCCUCGUCGACCCCUCGCACGGCACCGGCGUCGCCAACGCCGGCCUCGUCUACUUCAACGGCCGCCUCCUCGCCAUGUCCGAGGACGACCUCCCGUACCAGGUCCGGGUCACCGGCAACGGCGACCUCGAGACGGUCGGGCGGUACGACUUCGACGGGCAGCUCGGGUGCGCCAUGAUCGCGCACCCAAAGCUGGACCCGGUCUCCGGCGAGCUGUUCGCGCUCAGCUACGACGUGAUCAAGAAGCCGUACCUCAAGUACUUCUACUUCGGCGCCGACGGGACGAAGUCGCCGGACGUGGAGAUCGAGCUGGAGCAGCCGACGAUGAUCCACGACUUCGCCAUCACCGAGAACUUCGUGGUGGUGCCCGACCACCAGGUGGUGUUCAAGCUCGGCGAGAUGUUCCGCGGCGGCUCGCCGGUGGUGCUCGACAAGGAGAAGACGUCGCGGUUCGGCGUGCUGCCCAAGUACGCGAGGAGCUCGUCGGAGAUGGUGUGGGUGGACGUGCCGGACUGCUUCUGCUUCCACCUGUGGAAUGCGUGGGAGGAGCCGGAGUCCGACGAGGUGGUGGUGGUCGGCUCCUGCAUGACACCCGCCGACUCCAUCUUCAACGAGUCCGACGACCGCCUCGAGAGCGUGCUCACCGAGAUCCGCCUCAACACGCGCACUGGCGAGUCCACCCGCCGCGCCGUGCUGCCGCCGUCGACGCAGGUGAACCUCGAGGUCGGCAUGGUCAACCGCAACAUGCUCGGCCGCAAGACCAGGUACGCCUACCUCGCCGUCGCCGAGCCGUGGCCCAAGGUGUCCGGCUUCGCCAAGGUCGACCUCGUCACCGGCGAGCUCACCAAGUUCGACUACGGCCCCGGCCGCUUCGGCGGCGAGCCCUGCUUCGUCCCCAUGGACGGCGCCGGCGCCGCCGCCUCCCCCGCCCGCGGCGAGGACGACGGCUACAUCCUCUCCUUCGUCCGCGACGAGGCCGCCGGCACCUCCGAGCUCCUCGUCGUCAACGCCGCCGACAUGCGCCUCGAGGCCACCGUCCAGCUCCCUUCUCGCGUCCCCUAUGGCUUCCACGGCACCUUCAUCAACGCCGGCGAGCUCUCCUCCCAGGCCUAGACCGCCCGACCGGCCGGCCGGCCGCCGCCAUGGUUUCUUGAUUCCUUUGGUUCAUUCCUACAAACACCUUCCAAUCUUCUUGGAGGAGAGCACAAUUUGGAGGGAACAAAAAAACAAUGGCUUCACCAGAGGGCGCCAUAGGAGGUCCCCGGGAGCCUGACCACUCUCACUUUGCUUCCUUGAAAUCUCUUGGUUCUUUCCUUGAUUUUUAACAGAUGCCUCUGGUUAAUCACACACUAUUAGCAGUAGAGCUUAGUGUCAUUAGGGAGCUAGAGCCACAGGUGACUGAGUGACUGACAGGUGGGGCCCAGCUUGCAGCUUUUGCUUCUGUACAGAGCUCAGCUGGUUUCUGCUUUUAUCAUUCAGUCACCUGUGAUAGGGAUAACAGCAGCUUCUGCUCUCUGAUACUUCUGCUGCUGCUGCUGCUGCUGCUGUUACUACUGAUGACGAUGUGAGAGGAAGGAAGGUUAAACCACCCAGUUGCUGCAACUGUGGUGAUGUUGGUUAGUAUUAGUCUUUUACUAAUCAUGCCUUAUUCUCCAUUUUCUCCACGCUGUUGUAUAUAUACUCUU